CGAGGCCAGGCGAAAACAAACACGAACACAACGCAUUCUGGGCCAUUGCGCCUUGUUGUACGAGUUUCUGUGUCCCUUCAUAUCUUAUUCUACGUGCCACGUUCUAAGUCUCUUCCCUUAAUUAGCGUUGUCCUCGCCGUCGCUUGUUGUCCGCCGUCCUCGCCCCUGACAACACCACACGCGCAUCGCCGCCACACGACAGCACUACGCAGUCACCAUGUCGCAGCGAGUAACACGGUCACAGUCUGGGAGGACACCCAAGAAGCCCGAGAACCCCGGCUUUGUCGAAACUCCAGGGCGCAGAAGAAGGUCGCGGGCACGCCAGUCGAGUGUUGCUGACUUGGAGGACUCAGGGGAGGAGUUUGGUCUGGAGAAUGGUGCUGCUGGGAAGGCUGGCAAUGGAGAGGUGGUGAAUGGCGUCAAUGGACACAUGAACGGAAACGCCAAUGGACAUGCAAACGGCCACGCGAAUGGGAGCGCCAACGGUAACGCCAACGGCAAAGCCGAGUCGACCGCAUACGAAUACAAACUAGAGGCCGAGAAGAACUUCUCCCCCAAGGACACAUCUGGCAAGAGGGAGUUCGGAGGCUCCCUCGGUAUGGGCGCCAUGAUGAUCGGCUUCCCAGCUCUCAUGUACUACAUGUGGAUAGGCGCCGUCUUCUACGACGGCAAGUUCCCCAAGCCGUCUGAAGGCCAGGACUGGCCGCAGUUCUUCGCAACCAUGUGGCAUCUCGUCAGGACAGACGCAUACCCCAAUGCGCGCGCAUGGAAGAUAUACUGGAUCUUUGGUCUCGUCCAGAUGGCCUUCUACAUGCUUAUGCCCGGUGUCUACCGCAAGGGCAAGGCCCUCCCGCAUCUGGGUGGGAAGCAGCUCGACUACUACUGCUCUGCCAUGUGGUCGUUUUACACCAGCAUUGUCCUCGCCCUGGUCUUGCACUUCACGGGCAUUUUCAAGCUAUACACGCUGAUCGACGAGUUCGGGCAUAUCAUGAGUGUAGCCAUUCUCUCAGGCUUCCUGUGCUCGAUCCUCGCCUACGUCUCGGCCCUCGUUCGCGGCGCAACCGUGCGAAUGACCGACUACCCUAUUGUCGACUUCUUCCUCGGCUCGGAGCUCAACCCCAGAUUGUUCGGCAUUCUCGACUUCAAGAUGUUCCUCGAGGUCCGCAUCCCGUGGUUCAUCAUCUUCUUCCUCACACUGGGCACGUGCUUGAAGCAGUACGAGUUGUAUGGUCACCCAUCCCUAGAGGCCUUGUUUCUGCUCUUCGCGCACUACCUCUACGCAAACGCCUGCUCCAAGGGCGAGCACCUGAUCAUCACGACAUGGGAUAUGUACUACGAGAAGCUCGGUUUCAUGCUCAUUUUCUGGAACAUGGCCGGCGUUCCCCUCUCCUACUGCCACGCCACGCUCUACGUCGCCAACCACCACCCCUCCGAAUACACCUGGCCCGCGUGGUUCGUCGCGCUCCUGACCGUCGCAUACAUGGGCAUGUACUACAUUUGGGACACGACCAACAGCCAGAAGAACCAGUUCCGGCAGGAAGAGCGCGGCGUCGUCGAGGAACGCACCACAUUCCCCUACUUCAAGUACGGCCGCGUCGCGAACCCAAAGACGAUCCCCACAAAGACCGGUUCCAAGAUCCUCGCCGACGGCUGGUACGGAAAGGCCCGCAAGAUUCACUACACGUGUGAUCUGUUCUUCGCUAUUUCCUGGGGCUUGAUCACUGGCUUCGAGUCUCCGUUCCCUUGGUUCUACUCUGUCUUCUUCUCCGGCAUGAUUAUCCACCGUGCUAUGCGCGAUAUUGAGCGCUGUCGUGAGAACUACGGCGAGGCGUGGACGGAGUACGAGAGGCAGGUGCCGUAUCUUUUCAUCCCGGGCGUGUACUAGAAACCCCAAUUGGGACCUUCAUCGUUCUUCGCUGUCUUCGUUGUGCUUUGGCAUAGCUUUCUUCUCUCGCGGCGUGUGGCUGUUCGUUACGCUUAUUACUUGUCGGGUUCUCGUCGCCUUCUUUGCAUAAUUCGUUGACGCAUGACAUGUAGUAUACAACUCUUUUCUUCGGUUGCAUAGGAUAGACUUGGUAUGGUACAAUAGGGAUGAUAUCAGGAUUGUAAUGGCGGUAAUUAGUAAUGGUUGAUGCGGAUUAGUAUAUAGUGCUCGUCAAUGCUAUGACGCUGGUUCCGAAUGUUGAUCUUGGCCUUUGUGAUGAGGAGGUAGUC